AUGGAUCGUUUCCGGAUGAUCUUCCAGUACUUCCAAUCCAACUCAGAGUCUGUCAUGAACGGGAUCUGUGGGCUGUUGGCCCUGGCAAGUGUAAAGAUGUACACCAGCUUUGACUUCAGCUGCCCCUGCCUGCCCCAGUACAACAUGGCCUAUGGCUUGGGGAUCAUGUUCGUACCCCCCAUCAUCCUCUUCCUGUGUGGCCUCAUCCUCAACAGACAGUCCCUGGUGAUGCUGGAGGAGUGGAGGCGACCAUCGGGGCGCAGGAAGAAGGACCUUGCUGUCAUCAGGUACAUGUGCUCCUCCAUCAUGCAGCGAGCCAUGGUGGCCCCUGUCAUCUGGAUCAUAGUCACCCUCCUGGAUGGCAAAUGCCUGAUCUGUGCUUUCAGUGGCUCCAUGGAUCCAGAGAAGUUUGUGGGCUUUGCCAAUGUGAGCACAGUGCAGGCACAGCAGCUGCUGGCCAAGGUGCCCUGCAAGGAUGAGGAGCUCACGAGCAACAGCACGUCCCGCAAGGCAGUGUCCAGGUACCUGCGCUGCUGGUCCCAGGCACUUGGCUGGAGCAUUUUGUUGAUCCUUAUCAUAGCAGCUUUCCUUGCCCGCUGGCUCAGACCUUGCUUCAAUCAGGCCACCCUCCUGCAGGCACGUCACUGGAGCAACUACAUUGACAUCGAGCAAAAGAUUUUUGAGGAAGCCUGCUGUGAGCACAGCCGGCUCUUUGCUCACAAAUGCAUCCUCCACUUCUUUGAAAGCAUGCGGCAAGAGAUCAAACUGCACAGCUUCAGCUUGCCAAGGGAGGGGGAGCAGGCUGAAGGAGAGGAAGAUCUUCUCCGGGGCAUCACAGAUCAGGACCAGGUGAACAAACUUCUGAAAACGUGGUACUGUGAGAAACCUCCCCUGGAUGUCAGCCAGGCACACCAGAGGCAUCCCCUGGUGCGAGAGAGAUCCCUUCUGCCCUGGGCAGACAACACCAGCACCCGCUCCAAAUGCCCCCUGCACACCAGUGUGUAA